UGACUGUUCACUGGAUAGCUGAUCCCAACAGUGACUCAGCAACUCCAGCUCCCAUUUCGCAGAAGGCAAUACUGGUGCAGAUCCACGAGUGAGGGUUUCAGCCUCCUGCCUCGCCGGGCCUCCCACCGGCGGCGACUGCCCUCUCUCUAGCGCGGCGCUCCUCUCUUCUCGCAACGCCCACCCCCGACCCGCUAGGAGUGAUGAAGGAUGUGGUGGGGAGCCCGGGGACCUGGAGCGGCUUGGCGCUGCGGGUGUCGCAAUGCGUGUCCGCCGGCGCCUCCGUCGCGGCCAUGGCCACCGCGUACGGCUUCUCCAAUUACACAGCCUUCUGCUACUUGAUUGCUUCAAUGGGCCUGCAGCUUCUUUGGAGUUUUGGCCUUGCUUGUCUUGAUAUCUACUCUUUGAAGACUAAAAGAGAUCUUCACAACCCUGUGCUUGUAAGCCUGUUUGUUGUCGGUGACUGGGUCACAGCGAUUCUCUCAUUUGCAGCCGCUUCUGCCUCUGCCGGUGUGACCAUCCUUUUCGAGAGAGACGUCCACUUCUGCAGGAUGUACCCGCAGCUGUCAUGUGGUCGGUACGAGCUUUCGGUCAUUCUGGCGUUCAUCACAUGGUCAUUCAUAGCUACAUCUGCUGCCUCCAUGUUUUGGCUCUUGCCUUCACUUUGAGUUGGCGUGGAAGGAGCCGUCGUCCUGUGUAGAUUUGUUUGCCUGGCCCGCUGAUGUUGUGCACCUUACCGUCAUGUUGUGUAACUGUCAUGAUCGCAUCGAUUGUACUCUACUUGGGACAAUUAGAUUUCAGUUACCGUGCCAGCAGUCACCCUGUGCAGAAAUUUCUUUGCUUGGCCCGCUGAUGUUGCGAUCCUACUCAUCCUUUUUUCAGAAAGAGUAGUCGUUGUGCUCUCAGAUAGAUGAAUGUUAAUGAAAUCCUCAAUUUGUCACUUGAAAAAUUAUGGUU